AUGCCUCCGCUCCAGUUCAUAGAUUCCACCAACAAUCCUGAGGAAUACCAUCGUCUUCGGAACGUUUGGAACGGAGGCAUUAAUUUACAUCCAAAAUACAUUGUGCAGUGUGAGAAUGAAAAUGAUAUUGUAGAUGCUUUGGAAUUUGCAAAGACUCAUCAAUUGGAAAUAUCGGUCAGAGGAGGUGGACAUUCAGUGAGCGGAUUUUCAGCCAGUGAUGGUGGCCUUUUGAUUGAUUUGUCCCUGAUGAAGUGUGUCACUGUAAAUUCCGAACUCAAAACUGUCACUGUUGGUGGAGGAACUUUAUGGGGCCAUGUUGACGAAGCAUGCGAUCCUUAUCACAUGUUUGUACCUGGAGGCAUGGUAAGCCAUACGGGAGUGGGUGGAUUGUGUCUUGGCGGUGGUAUUGGAUGGCUAUCCCGAGCUUAUGGUUUAACAUGUGAUUCAUUGAUAGGAGCUCGUAUUGUGUUAUUAGACGGAUCGUUUUGCAAUGUCACUGAAGAGGAAAAUUCUGAUCUAUUAUUUGGGCUACGAGGAGGUGGAGGAAAUUUUGGAAUUGUAUCAUCAUUUACUUUUAAAUUAUAUAAGGUUUCCAAAUUGGACCAUGGAGUUUUUGUGUAUCCAAUCGAAGAUGCUCAUGAAAUUGUGAAAACCUAUUUUUCAAUGACAAAUCCUAUCAACAAUCCUCAUCCACUCCCUGAUAAUAUUACCUUGUAUUUAUUCUUGUUACCAACACAAGUUUUAGUGAUGACGCUCUAUCACGAAGGUGACAUUACGGAAAAUAUUGACACUGAAGAAAGGUGUGAAUUUUACAAGAACAAAGUAAUUGAAAAAUUAUUUACUUUUAAUCCAAUUUAUACUUCAUUCACUGACAAUUAUACAUGUCUUCAAAGCAUGUUUGACAUUGGAAAUAAGCAUGGAAAGCAUUAUUAUUGGAAAUCAUUAUUUUUUAACACAUCAAUCUCAGAGGAGACACAACAAGCUUUAUUAACUGCGAUCAAGAAAGGACCAAAUGCAUCUACCAUCGAAGUCAUGCAUUUGGGAGGAGCCAUUUCAAAAGUCCACCCAACUGAUACUGCAUAUUAUCAACGGGAUGCUUUAUAUGAAAUUCAUUCCAUUUGUUCAUGGGAAGACAGCAGUCUCGAUAUUUCCUUGUUCAGAAAUUGGGCUCAACAAGAAUUCUUUGACAGAAUUUCCAAACACUCUUGUAACAUUAAUGGCUAUAUUAACACAGCUCAUCAAACGAAAAAUACUGAAGGAUUUUAUGGAGAAAAUUAUGCAAGACUUGUUCAACUUAAAAACAAGUACGAUCCCCAAAAUGAACUUCAUCGAAAUCACAACAUUCGACCGACUUUUCAGACCAAUGAGAAUAAUUUGCUUCUUUAA